UCUACAAGGUCACAAAAAUUUCCCUACAUCUUUCACGUCAGUGGCUGUGAGACUUUGGCGAGGAGGAAAUGGAACUCUGUGACCCAAAAAUACGGGUUCUGUUCCUCACAGAUUAGUCGAUUAAUCUUAAGAGGCCAGAAUUCUCUCUUGCCCUCUCUUUAGCUGAGACCCGGGCCACAGGCAGAGGGAAUGAGACCACUAUUUGCCUUAGUCCUUCUAAUCUUGUCCUUUAUAGCUUGAUUCUCAGGCCCCGGAGGGUAUCUCCUAGCAUAAGGGGAAAAGGUGUAGGUCCAUUCUAAAAAGGCUUUAGAAGAUAAGCGGAAAUCGACAGGCUGCAGAAUUAAUGAGAAGGGUGGUGAAGGACAACACAGGAAAAAGAAGCAGGUUCUGUAAGACUCAGGCCCGAGAGCCAGACGGUUAGGCGAAAGGCUGAGGGCUAACUAAGACUGAGGUGCACUAGGAUUUACAACUGUCCCAGCUCAGAGGGGCAGAAAAUAGUCGCCUCCCGCGUCCAGGCAGGGCCCACCCUCCCAGACUGCAAAGAGUCAGCAACCGACAGCGGCCUCUCACCUGGGCCAAUCACAACCUUUUCUCAAGAAAGAGGCGGGGUCAGGAGGGUUGACUCUUCCCUUGUCCCCGCCCCUUUAGAUGAGGUAACCAAUCGCCAUCCAUCUGGAGCGAGCACGCAAAAUCGGGAAUAGCCAAUUAUGCCGCGAAACUUUUCGCGCAUGCUGCCUCCCAGCUGCGACAAAGAUGGCGCUCGAGCUCCUGGGUUCUGUAGUUUUCUCGGUACCCGAAGCAUUCCCUCCCCACCUUCCUAGGCUCGUGUUCGCCCUUACUGCCCCGCCCCCAGCCACUUCCACUCUACUCGUACGCAUGCCCCGAGCCCGAGCCCUGGGGCGAGGAGACGCGGAAGGAAGGAGGCGGGACGUUGUUAAAAACAAAAAAACAAAAAAACCACCCUCAACUCGGGAAGCGACAGUGGAAGGGUCCACUCCUCCCAGAAGGCGGUGCUGCCUGCCUGAACGAACCACGCGGAGGGUUGUGGGGCGGAUAGCUCCCCUCCUGAUGGAGACUCAUAGAGUCCGGUGGGCGGGGGACUCCAUAUCCCAGCAUGCCCCGCGGCGGGCCCGACCGGCCGCGACUUGGGGCUUGGCCCCGGCCCUAGCUCGUCGGCGGUGUAUUGGGGCGCGUGGAGGCUGCAGUCACGGUGGCGCCUGCGGGGACGGAGGAGGGAAUGAGUGAAGAGGAGCAGGGCUCCGGCACUACCACGGGCUGCGGGCUGCCCAGUAUAGAGCAAAUGCUGGCAGCCAACCCGGGCAAGACCCCGAUCAGCCUUCUGCAGGAGUAUGGGACCAGAAUAGGGAAGACGCCCGUGUACGACCUUCUCAAAGCCGAGGGCCAAGCCCACCAGCCUAAUUUCACCUUUCGGGUCACCGUUGGCGACACCAGCUGCACUGGUCAGGGCCCCAGCAAGAAAGCAGCCAAGCACAAGGCAGCUGAGGUGGCCCUCAAACACCUCAAAGGGGGGAGCAUGCUGGAGCCAGCCCUGGAGGACAGCAGUUCUUUUUCUCCCCUAGACUCUUCACUGCCUGAGGACGUGCCGGUUUUUACAGCUUCAGCGGCUGCUACUCCCGUUCCAUCUGCUGUCCCAACCAGGAGCUCCCCCAUGGAGGUGCAGCCCCCAGUCUCUCCUCAGCAGUCUGAGUGCAACCCGGUCGGUGCUCUGCAGGAGCUGGUGGUGCAGAAAGGCUGGCGGUUGCCUGAGUACACGGUGACCCAGGAGUCUGGGCCAGCCCACCGCAAAGAGUUUACUAUGACCUGCCGAGUGGAGCGUUUCAUUGAGAUUGGCAGUGGCACUUCCAAAAAGCUGGCAAAGCGUAACGCAGCGGCCAAAAUGCUGCUUCGAGUGCACACAGUGCCUCUGGAUGCCCGGGACGGGAACGAGGCAGAGCCCGAAGACGAUCACUUUUCCAUUGGUGUGGGCUCCCGCCUAGAUGGACUUCGGAACCGGGGCCCAGGCUGCACCUGGGAUUCUCUGCGGAAUUCGGUGGGAGAGAAGAUCCUGUCCCUCCGCAGCUGCUCGCUGGGCUCUUUGGGCGCUCUGGGCCCUGCCUGCUGCGGUGUCCUCAGUGAGCUAUCUGAGGAGCAGGCCUUCCAUGUCAGCUACCUGGAUAUUGAGGAGUUGAGCCUGAGCGGGCUCCGCCAGUGCCUGGUGGAGCUGUCCACACAGCCGGCCACUGUGUGCCAUGGCUCUGCCGCUACCAGGGAGGCCGCCCGUGGCGAGGCUGCGCGCCGUGCCCUGCAGUACCUCAAGAUCAUGGCGGGCAGCAAGUGAAGCUCUGGCGGGACUCAUGAACUACAGCCUCCGCUCCCUGCUCUUCCUGCCCCCGGCCUGUGCGCCCGCCCAGCGCUGGUACCCCCUGGAGGUGCCACCUCUACCUCUGACACAGACUGCAGGCUGAGGGGGGUACAGGGCCAGGAGCCAGGGACCACAGGGCCUCAGCUGGCCCCGGUUCUGCUGUCAUGUAACUGGUGAUGACCAAGGGGAAUGAAAUUGGGGGCUCUCCUAUUAGAGCCCCAAAUAAAUGUGCUGCUUUUUGGAUUCUUCA